AUGACGAAGGAGACGCAGGUCAAGACGCUUUACUCCAAGCUCUACCACAAGUACAGUAAGUUGAAGAAAGAGAAAGAUUCAAUAUUGGAGAAAUUGAACGAAGAGCAAGAAAGGAAGUUUGUGGAAUGUGUUAAAGCUUCGGAUGAAUUGAUAGACUUAUUGAGAAGUGAAAAUGAUAUACUCCGCAAAGAAGUGAAUGAGUUAAGAAGAGACAUGUCAACCAUCAGGCAUAACUACAAAAGACCAGGCAUGCAUCCAGUAUCAAACACUUUUGAUGGAAGAAAAUCAAAAGAGUAA